UCUACAAGUGGUUUAGAAAUUAGAACGGCCCAAAAAUUGCACUAGUGGUUUUUGGGCAGAGAAAUUUAAUUUUCAUUAAUGGAAUUACGUGCAAAUAAUGUGAGAAAUAUGAAUUGGUGUUCUUAAUUGCAAACUUUACAAUAUUCGUAAUCUCCAUCAACUUUGCGGCGUGUUGCAAUGGGCAAAGAUCAAGAACUGUUGGAAGCGGCACGCAUCGGAAAUAUUGCUGUUGUAGGCAAAAUACUUGAGCAGAUUUCGAAACGUAACAGCGGGCCUUUCUCAAGUUUUCGGCGAAGCCCAUGCAUCAAUAGCCAAGAUGUUAAUGGCUACACGCCACUUCAUCAUGCUUGCUUAAAUGGUCAUGGCAAUAUAGUACGCCUUUUAUUGGUCCAUAAUGCUGCCCCUGAUAUGCCGGAUAUACGCGGUUCAACACCUCUGUAUUUGGCUGCUUGGGCGGGUCAUGACGAGAUUGUAAAACAGCUCUUGCUUCACACACCAAAAGCAGCAAAUCCAAAUGCACAGACUAUCGACAAUGAAACACCCUUGCACUGUGCAGCACAGCAUGGACAUAACACCGUUCUAGCCAUUUUACUUGCCUAUGGUGCUGAUCCAACAGUUCGCAACAAUAGUUUUCAGACGGCAUUAGAUCUUGCCGCACAAUUCGGCCGUUUGCAGGCGGUACAAACAUUAAUACGCACACAUCCCGAAUUGUUAGCACCAUAUCGUUCAUCUGGCAGCAAAACUCCUACAACUUCAACCAUUGAAUCUACACCGUACACGAUUUCACCAUCGACACAUUUAUUUACACAUACUUGCUUGCAUUUAGCUAGUCGUAACGGCCAUAAAAAAGUUGUCGAAGCACUCUUAGCCGCUGGUGUCGAUGUCAACAUUAUGACUAACUCGGGAACUGCCCUGCAUGAGGCUGCACUUUGCGGUAAAAAAGCUGUGGUCAAUGUACUGCUACAAGCCGGUGUUAAUCCAAAUGCUACCGAUGGCUCAGGUCAUACAGCACUAGAUUUGCUCAAAGACUAUCCACCACAUGUCACUUACGAAAUUGUAUGCGCAAUAAAAGAUUUUUAUAAAGACGCCUCGAAUGGUACCCACUUUAAACCAAUAAACGAGCUCAGUGACGGAGACGAUCAUGAGCGCAGUGACAGUUCCAUCUCGCCAGUGCCAAAUAUAGCCUUUGAACGAGGGCAAAACGACGCAAAAGUCAGUGCUAUUGCACACAAGGAAUUUUUGAUGCCAAAGACUGUGAAACCAAAUAGACUUUCUGUUUCGAUGAGUUCUUUAGAACAUACCAGCAAGCCUCAAUCAAAUUAUUUACCAAUGAAACCGAUCCUUUGGCAAAACUCUCAUACAGGCAUCGCGCCUCCAUUUUGCCAAAAUGACCGCAAUGUGCUGCCUCUAUUUUCACCGGUAGAGAAACAGCGUUCUCUGUGGAGUGUUUCUAAUUAUCAACACCGCACACGUAGUCCAAGUAGCCCGAGUAGGUAUGGUGGUCGUGCACAAAUGUCACACAAAGCAUACGAACAUGUUUCUUUGGCCAGAAGCGGUUCAGUGCAUAAUCUCCACGGGCAUAAUACAAAACUAUUCAUAUUAGGCGAUAUUAACGCCAACACCUGUACUCGUUGCGUGGAUGAGUAUGUAGAGAUGACUGACCCCAAUUCUUUUACACGCUCCUCACCAAAUGUUGCAAGGGCAGCUAAUUUGCAGAUAUCGCAUUCUUCAAACACGAAUUUGACUUCACAACAGCGUUCUGUCGAUGGGUUUGUAAAAGUGACUAAUUUGAACAAUUUUACAUGCUCCUCGAAUAACACUACACCACCGAAAAAACCCAUACCUAGCCCACGUUCCAUAAGAACCAAUGACUAUGCCAAUAUUAAUCAUAUUUUAACAACAUCAAAUUCAAGUAUUAAUUGCACGAAUGCGGCGGAAUCGUUAUCACCAAGCAUGCCGCAAAUACCACAGGACCAAAGCCCACCACCGCAGCCAUGCAAAGUAUCGCCCGUGAAAGAUGCGAACAAUAAUUGCCAUAAUAUUAACGAGAAGAAACACUCGCCCACCCCCGAUUUUCCGCCACCGACGGUUUUUCAAGCGGAACAUACCAUACUCGAAUUUAUGAGACCUAAUAGCACUCAUAGCAAGCGUAAAUCAUUGGGCCUGAAGCAACAACCACACCCAGAUUUGGAAUCCUUCAUUAUGGACGCUAUAAAUCAAUUUGAGCUACCUGAUUCUCCAGUGAGUUCUCGUGUUUCGGAUUGUGUGGAGGAGUUUGUGGGUGAUGCACCUUUUGCUGGACUUUUUAAAGGUUCUACUUUGAAUUUGGCAAUGGAUGGUAAAGAAGAUGGCUUUUCCGUUCACCGCGCAUCUAGUGGCCUACGCUCACCGAGUUUGGUCCGCUCAAUAAAGCCACUACCACCCAAAAGAAAUAUUGCUCAGUCGCAAAAAGCGGUUGAUGCUGAAAAUUUCAAUGCUGCACAAGUGUGGGCAGAGAUUGAUACCAUACUUGAAAGUAUUGGCAAUGAGGUCAAUAAACAGUCGGAACAAAUAAGCGAGCUCAAUAAAACCAGCACCUUGAACAAGGAGUCAUUGCAAAUACGUAGACCAGCAGCUUUGUGUUUGGGUAGUAACGACGAUUGUGCAAACAACUGGUGUCAUUCUCCAAACACGCUUAUAUUCGGACAAAUACUCUACACAGUAUAUUAUCUAGGGUCCACAGUUAUACGUGAAUUGCACGGUACUACUUCCACACGAAAAUCCAUAUUAAAAUUUAAGCGAAAUGCCACUCCACUGCCAGUGGUCAAGGAGAGGGAAUCGAACUUAGUAAAGGAUUGCAAUAAUUUAACCAAAAUGCUCAAAGAGUCUAAUCAGGAUACGCGCCUAAAAGUUGGUCUUGCUGUGUCUUGUGGUGGUGUAAAGUUUUUGAACACCGACAAUAGUUCCACCAUUUGCACGCACGAUAUCGAAAACAUCAAUUGUGUGUGCCAGGAUGCCGAGGACUUGCGGUAUUUUGCUUAUAUUACUAAAGAAGAAGAUAUGCAUUAUUGUCAUGUUUUUAUGGUGGAUAAUUUGGAGUUAUCACAUGAAAUUAUUUUGACAUUGGGUGAGGCGUUUGAAGUUGCAUAUCAGUUGGCGCUAAGCAAAGAAGAUGUCGCACCGAUUUCUAAUAAUUCGAGGUCUAUGGAAAAUAUUGCCGAGAUAUAGUUUGACCAUAAACUAACUACUAACUUUAAUUUCUAAUUCAAUUUAAUUUUGUAUUCAACCACUAGUCGUUGAUUUUUAAAUUUUCAAAUUGUAUUAAUGAAGGUAUUUAAAACCUACGCGGUUUUGUUUAUCGCAUUUUCCACGAUUCUUGCAAAAUCGUGACGUUGCAUUACGAUUUUUGUUAAUUUUGAAUGUUUUAAUACAAACUUGUUAUUUAUGAAAACAAAUUGUAUUUU